CAGCCUCCAUAUCCAUAUAUAGUUGAGUGGAGUAGUAUGUAUAUUUAAAAUGAAAUUGUUAAUCCCUUUUAUAAAGCUUAAAGAAGCUGAAUGGCAUUGGCAGGUGCAAUACCAAUGGUUGCAACUCUGUUUUAGUGGGCCGUUACUGGCUAUUCAUGGACUCCCUUUAAACGGUUUUUCUAGCAGUCCGUCAUUCUCGUAGCCAUAACUGUUCUCCUGAUUGUUUGCCUUACGAGUCUUUGAAUAUAUAUUUGUCCGUACAUUCUUUAUACGUAAAACUGUUGUAAACAAAACUUGAAACCAUGUGGAAAACUUCAUGUUAUUUGUUGAAACGGACGGUUACAUCAGCUGCAAGGGCAAAGUGGCAACUGGAUCGGAGUUAUCAACAUGGAUGGUUUAUGGGUGGGUAUUAUUUCAGUUCCGGAGGAGAAAAGAAGAAUGGGAUUAAUGGAGGGUUAAUUAGUAGUCAAGAGGAAGCAAAGAGGUUGAUGAAUGUGGAGGAGCUGAAGACGAGGCUAGGGAUGGAGAGUAAAGAGGUUAUUGGGUAUUCUGAGUUACUGAGAGUACUGUGUGAGAAUAUUGGUUUGGCGAAAACACAAGGCGAGGCUGUGGCUUUUGCAAGACUGCUUGAUGAGGCUGGGGUAAUUUGGCUUUUCAGAGAUAAAGUUUAUCUUCACCCUAAUAAGGUAGUUGAUGAAAUAAGAAGGGCAGUGCCUCUAGCACUGCUACGUGAAGAUGAUCAUAUAAAAGAUGAGCUAAAGAAUCUGCAGGAGAAGAAGGAUAAAAUUGAUGAGGUUGCACAUAAGCAGGUGCGUCGCAUUUUGUGGACUGGAUUGGGGGCUGGUAUAUUACAGAUUGGACUCUUCUUCCGGCUUACCUUCUGGGAAUUCUCUUGGGAUGUAAUGGAACCAAUUACAUUUUUCACUACUAGUAGUGGGUUAAUAUUGGGAUAUUUUUACUUCCUCAUUACUUGUAGAGACCCAACAUACCAAGAUUUGUUGAAGAGGCUUUUCCUUGCAAGGGAGAGGAAGCUCAUCAAAAAGAAUAAUUUUGAUAUUCAGAGGUUUGUGGAGUUACAAAGGAAAUGCAAAUUACCGCUCAAUGGACAAGCAUCACUGAAACAUCGGUUAGGGAUUCAACUGGAACCGGAGGAUCUUUUACAUGGUCACUGAAACACAUCAGUGACCAACCCAGACCAUUAAUUUUUUACUUUAAACUAACCAACCAAACACCCUUUUUUUUAAUUGACGAUUAGUAAUUUGAUGAAAUGACUAUUAUUACCUUUCUCUGUAGGAGAAGCUAUCAAUUAUGUACAUCUCUUCUUAUCUUUUCUUGAUUUAUGUUAUAUUUCAGACUUUCAAUCUUUUAUUUAA